GAUGGCGCACUUGUGCGAGUGUCCUCUGCGGCUGGAGAAGGGCUUCAUCUUGGACGGGGUGGCCGUGAGCACAGUGGCCCGCACCUAUGCCAGCCUGAGGCCCAAGCUCUGGUCGGCGAUCCCACCCUACAACGCGCAGCAGGACUACCACGCCCGCCGGUACUUCCAGAGUCGCGUGGUCCCGCCCGUUCUGCGGAAAACCGAUCAGGAUCAUGGCGGUACAGGAAGGGACGGUUGGAUAGUAGAUUAUUUCCACAUCUUCGGUCCAGGACAGAGAUACCUCAACAGGAGAAACUGGGCAGGGGCAGGGCAUUCCCUCCAGCAGGUGACCGGGCAUGACCACUAUAACACAGAUCUGAAACUGAUCAAUGGGUACAACGGUCGAUUUGGCUACCGCCGGAACACCCCAGCCCUCCGUCAGCGCCCAUCUGUCUUUGGAGAGGUCACCCAAUUCCCUCUCUUCUAACAACGUCUGUUUCCUUCACGGCCCUCGAUCCGGAUUUCUAAGACAAAAGUUUAAAUGAACUCUCAAAGUUAUGUUUUAUUAAUAUAAAUUUUUAUUUGUG